AUAUAAUUGUUGAGAGUUGUGAGAGAGUUGUGAUUUCUUUUUAGAGUGAUGAAAAUACUGACCAAUCACUGGCAAACAUGACUGAGAAUAAGUUGUGAUAUCUCAAGAGUCAAAUCAAUGUGACAUUGUGGAUUAGUUCAAGGAGCUCUCUGUUGUUUGGCUCGCUGUUGUGACUGGAAUCAGCUGAAGAUGGAUUUUGAAAGGAAACAAAGUUAUUUGGAAAUACCAAUACAAGUUGGUGUAAGGCUGCGGCCCGUGCUGGACACGGAUGACCCGCCGUCGGACGAGCGGGUCGAGCUGCUGGCCACCGGCCAGGUCACCGUCGAGGGCCACCUGUUCGAGCCCACGUUCUGCCUGCCAGCCUCUGUGGGCCAGCAGGAGCUGUACGCGGCGGCCGUCGAGCCGCAGGUCGAGAUGCUGCUCCAGGGCUACAAUGUAGCCGUGGUGACGUUCGGCCAGACGGGCUCGGGGAAGACGUUCACGCUGGUCGGACCGGACGCCACGUUCGCCAUGAGCGAGGCCGAGUUUGGCGUGCUGCCCAGAGCCGUGCGCCACGUGUUCGCGGCACUGAAGCAAAGUUCACACGAGGUGGCCGAGCACGCGUUCACGGUGCGGGCCAGCUACCUGGAGGUGGGUGAGGAGGAGAUCCGCGACCUGCUCAACUACGAGCCCGUCAGCUACCACCUGGAUGUGCAGUACGACGAGGAGGGCUCCCCGGUGGUGCCGGGUCUCACCCGGUUGGAGUGCUCCUCCGUCUCCGAGGUACUGCACUGCCUCGAGGCUGGCUCAUCCAUGCGACAGGCGGGCUCUACGGCGGCCAGUGACCAGCAGGCGCACACAGUGUUCACGGUGCAAGUUCAGCAGGAGUGGGCUGACGGUGUGCUGCUGCACGAGACCUCUUCGUCAAUGUACUUUGUGGAGCUGUCCGGCUCGGAGCUACAGCCGGCGCCCGACGACCCGGACGAUUUCACCAUUAAUGCCGGCCUGCUGGCACUGCGUCACGUGGUGGAGGCGCUGGCCCGCCGCCGGCCGUCCGUGCCCUACCACCUGGCUCCCCUGCCCGCGCUGCUCAAGGACGUGAUCGGCGGCAACUGCCGCACGCUGGUGCUCUGCUGUCUGUCGCCGGCCGACACAGACGAGUCCCUGAACUCGCUGCAGUACGUGCGUCUGCUGCCGGCCGUCAUCAACCUGGUGACGUGUGGCGCCGUGCAGCGGCCGCUGCCGCCGUCCUCUGAUCCGCCGCCGGCCGAGCAGGCGGGCCCGGCGCGCCAGGUGCACCCGGUCCACCCUCUGAGGCACCCGCUGCAGGCGGCCUCCCCGCGGCCGGACGGCAAACCACCGCCGGCCGGCUGGGCGCAGGGAGGGUACGGUGCCGCGCCCGGGUACGGGCCGGAGCUGGACGCGCCGCCGGCGGUCGGCUGGGGCCCGACCGCUGCUCCUCCGGCGGGGUAUGGAGCGGGGUACGGACCGGGGUUCGGCGGACAGAGACGGCUCAGCUCGGCGCAGCAGAGGCUCAGCGGCCACGGAGCGGUGAUGAGCCCGGCUCAGCAGAUGGUGGGUGGACAGACCCAGCAGUUGAUGAGUCCCACCCAGCCGGCCAUGAACCAAAGCCAGCACAUGAUGGCUGUGAACCAGCCGGUGGUGAACCACAGCCCGGCGCUGAUCAACGCGAACCAGCAGAUCAUGAACCAGAACCAGGCGCUGAUGACGCACAGCCAGCAGGAGCAGAUGAUGCUAAACCAAAAUCAGCAGCUGCUCAGCCCGAACCAGAUGGGACUGAACCAAACCAUGAACCAGAACCACCAGAUGAACCUGAACCAGAUGAACCAGCCGCUGUCUCCGCUGAACCAGCCGCUGAUGAACCAGAGCCACGCUCACAGUCAGAGUCUGGCGGUGCAGCAGUCGCUGAACCCGUCGCUCAGCCAAUCGUUCCCGGCCCUGGCCCACCCGCUGUCUGCCGCCACCCCCGGCCACCUGCUCAGUCAGACGGUGCCGUCGUUCGGCUCCCACCAGAAUCUGUCGGUGAGCCAGCCGCCGCGGCCGGCCGGCGGCGGGCACCACAGCCACCAGUCGGCGCUGGUGCACCCGUACCACCACCAGGCGUCGCCGGCCGGCCGGCUGGCCGGGCUCGGCUACACGGCCAGCCCGCCGCUCACCAGUCUGACCGAGCUCAGCUGCCAGCGCGCCGCGCUGCUCCACGAGAACGCGCUGGUUGACCUCUACCAGCGGCUGCAUGUGCUCGAGAUGCACCAGCUGGCGGCGGCGCAGCUGGAGUUUGCCGCCGACCAGUACCGCCGUCUGGUGGCCGGCGCCGAGAGGCUGCUCCGCCAGCUGGCCGGCCGCGGCGCCGUCGACGGCGAACACAACGGACUCAUCCAGCAGUGGAUGUGCAGGAAGCAGGAGACCGAGGAGUGUCUGCGCCAGGAGCAGGAGGCGGGCAGCGAGCUGCGCCCCCCGGACAGCACCGAGAGCGACACCGACACUGACGCGCCGGCGGCGCAGAGGGCGCCCGCGCACGGCGCCGGCACGAACAACGUCUCUGGCGGCGCCGUGUCCCGUCUGCCGGCCUCCGAGCUGGACGGUCUCAGUGAGUCUCUGAGCACCGGUCUCCGACUGGGAGACAGGCCGGGAGCGCUGGACACCACCCCCGCCGGUGAGUAUUCGGGAGAGUGUGCGGGGGAGGAGAGUACGCAGGACAACUAUCUUCAUCACUGA